CGUCUGCAUACCAUCCACCAUGGACGCUCUCAUCGCCUCCGCAGGCCCAAUGCGGCCACCAAAGCGCAAGCGCCCAACACACGGCAGCAAGGCGCAGUCGGCGCACAAGACGGUCAACCGCGGGCCGGACAAGGAGGCCGUCGACCCCUCUACGGCCUCGAUCCUCGCCACCACCCGCACGCCGAGCAGCUUCCAUGCGCGCAACCUCGCCUCGGGCAAGGGCGCCGAGCCGCUGCGUCCGGACGCAAGCAUCUCGAGGAUAGCGGACAAGAAGCUGCGUGCCAAGGUCGCGCGGCAGGACGUGGCGACGAAGCGGGCCAAAGCCGAGCGUGCGGACGUUAAUGAGUGGCUGAACGCGCCCGUGUCCGGCGGGCAGGGCGGGAUCGAGGUCGACGAAGAGGCGGAGGAGCGUACGUGGCGUGUAGGGCAGGACGAGAUCGUGCAGGCUGUCGGAGUGUCGAGCGCCAGGAAGCGCUUUGACCUCAAGCUCGAGAACAUGGGCCCGUACAAGGUCGACUAUACGCGUAAUGGGCGGUACUUGGCUAUCGCGUCGGCGAAGGGGCACGUCGCGACGUUUGACUGGCAAGCGGGGCGUCUGUUGAGCGAGACGCAGUUGCGUGAGGCGGUGCGCGACGUCAAGUUCCUGCAGAACGAGAGUUUCUUCGCCGUCGCGCAGAAGAAGUAUGUUUACAUCUACGAUGGGAAUGGCGUCGAGCUCCACAAGCUCAAGCAGCACAUCGAUCCCACCCACAUGGAGUACCUCCCGUACCACUACCUGCUGUCUACGGUCGGCCACGCCGGCCACCUAAAGUACCACGACGUGUCGACGGGACAGAUGGUGACGCAGCUCGCGACGCGCCUCGGCUCGCCGUCGGCGAUGGCGCAGAACCCGCAUUCGGCGAUCAUCCACCUCGGCCAUGCGAACGGGACGAUGACGCUGUGGUCGCCCAACAUGACGACGCCGCACGUCAAGCUGCUCGCGCACCGCGGCCCGCUGGCGGGCAUCGCGAUCGAUCCGAGCGCAGACUCGGCGGGCCGCUACUGCGCGACCGCGGGGCUCGACGGCACCGUCAAGAUCUGGGACGGGCGCAUGUGGGGCAAGGAGGUGCGGUCGUGGACCGUGCGCAACAACCCCGCGACACUCGCGUACUCGGGCCGCGGCAUUCUCGCCGUCGGCGGGCGCACGGGCGUGACGACAUACCGUGACCCGCACAAGAACGUGGACAAGCCCGCGCCGAACGUGUACCUGACCCUCCCCACGCCCGGGUUGAGUGUGCACCACGCACAGUUCUGCCCGUUCGACGACGUGCUCGCUGUCGGACACGGGCGCGGCGUGUCGUCGCUCCUCGUCCCCGGGUCCGGCGAGGCGAACUUUGACUCGAACGAGGCGGACGUGUUCGAGAGCCACACGCGCCGGCGCGAGCGCGAGGUGCGCUCCGUGCUUGACAAGAUCCCGUCGAGCCUCAUCACGCUCGAAACCGACUUCUUGGGCCACAUCGCGCCGGCCAAGGGCGGCGAGACGCACGACGAGCGCGAGGCCCGCUCCUUCCGCCAGCUGUCCCGCCUCGAGCGCCUCAAGGUCACGGGCAAGGCGGAGGAUGCGGACGAGGCGGACGCGCAGGGCUUGAGCGGCAGCGAGGAGGAGGAGGGCCCGCAGAAGGCCGAGCGCACGAAGAAGAAGAUGCGCGGCAAGGGCAAGGCGAUGAAGCGCUUCCUGUCCAAGAAGAAGAAGAAUGUCGUGGAUCCCACUCUUAUUGCUGUGCGCGAAAAGGUGGAGGCGCAGCAGCGCGCCGAGGAGAAGGAGCGCAGGAUUGCGCGCGGAGAAAUCGUCAAGGAGACGGGGGCAUUGGCGCGGUUCGGAUAGAGCAUUGUGUAUAUUUACUGCAUCGCAUGG